GCCAGCCAGUUCACCUUUCUAUAUAUAGCCAGCAACGAGACCGCCCGUGAUCGAGAAGCGAAUUCAUAAGAGUCUUUGAUUCGGUCGCGAUAAUGGACAAGAAGAGGGAAGCAGGCGGCGGCGCCGGCAGCAAAUCGACGUUGAGGGGAGGGCGUCAGAAAGGAGGCUACGGCCACGACUUCUCGGCGCCGCAGGUGGAGGUUCUGUCGGCGAUGUGCGAGGCCUUUAUCCCUCCCUUGGAACCGGAGAAGGCCGCCGACCACGCCAUCGCCGGCGGGAGGGGGGUCGACGAGGAGAAAAUCCGUCGGAAGUCAAUCGAUGUCUUCUUCCGUGCCUCCGGCGCCGACGCCCCUGUUCCAGACGAGGUUGCGGAGCUGCUGGUGAAGAGAGGCCAAGUGGCGGCCGGUGUGCUGGUUAAACUGGUUCUCUGGCUCCUCGCUACAAGACUUGGAACCCUAGUCCUCUGUGGAAGUCUGUGUCUGUGUUCGAGCUUCCCCUUCAUCAGAAAGUUCUCAGAAAUGCCUUUGGAAAAUAGAGAACAAGUCUUGAAGAGCUGGAACAAGCAGAAGUAUUUCACACUUCUUAGAAUCGUCUUCAUACUCAUCAAGUCCUUCAGCCACUACACCUUCUACUCUCUGACCGAUGAAGAUUUGAAGAACCCAACGUGGAAUGCAAUUGGAUACAACAGCAAUUUCGAUGUCUCUUCUGAGAAAUCAUCAGUAGAAUCUGAGACAGAGAGGCCGCUAGAGAAAGGAAUCAUAGAGACGAUGCAAGAAACAGACUCCUCUCUCCUUCGAUCUCUGAUCGAAAAGGGUUUAGCAGUCACUGAAUCCCCCCACGACUUCAGCGUCGAGUGCGACGCGGUCAUCGUGGGCUCUGGCUGCGGCGGCGGCGUCGCGGCCGCCGUCCUCGCCGUCGCUGGCCACAAGGUUGUGGUGAUAGAGAAAGGUGAGUACUACACGGCAAAAGAUUACACCGGCCUUGAAGGUCCAUCCAUGGCGCAGUUGUAUGAAUCCGGCGGAAUGCUGACCUCCGUCGACGGGAACAUGAUGAUCCUGGCCGGGUCGACGGUGGGAGGCGGCACGGCGGUGAACUGGUCCGCCUGCAUCCGGACGCCGGCUGAGGUUCUCAGGGAGUGGGCGGAGUACCAUCGCCUUCCUCUGUUCGCGAGCGCAGAGUAUGAGUCCGCCGUGGACGCCGUCUGCGAGAGGCUCGGCGUCACGGAGGGCUGCCUUCGUGAGGGGUUCCAGAAUCAAGUCCUCCGAAAAGGGUGUGGAAAUCUCGGUCUCGAAGUCAUUUCGGCGGCGAGGAACUCGUCCAGUGAUCACUUCUGCGGCAGCUGCUGUUACGGUUGCAGGGCCGGCGAAAAGCGCGGCACCGACACGACGUGGCUGGUGGACGCCGUCAACCAUGGCGCCGUCGUCGUCUCCGCCUGCAAAGCCGAGAGAUUCAUCCUCGAAAAGAACGAAAACAAGAACAACAAGAAUAAGAGAUGUGUGGGAUUGAUCGCGGCGAGCUUGAACGGCGCCAUCACCAAGAAGCUCGUAUUCAAAGCGAAAGCGACGAUCUCAGCGUGUGGGGCGCUCUUCACGCCGCCAUUAAUGGCGGCGAGCGGUCUCAGAAACCGGCACAUCGGCAAGAACCUCCACCUCCACCCAUCGGCGCUCGCGUGGGGCUACUUUCCGGAAUCCGUAUCCGACCUUAAAGGAAAGAUCUACGAAGGAGGGAUCAUCACGUCGCUGCACAAAGUGAAGCCAGGAUUAAUCGUAGAGACGCCGGCGUUGGGACCUGCGUCGUUCGCCACCGUGCUCCCAUGGGUGUCGGGCCAAGACAUGAAACAGACCAUGCUGCGCUAUAGUCGAACCGCGCACAUCUUCGCCCUCGUCCGAGAUCGCGGCUCGGGAGAAGUCCAAGCGGAGAAGAAAAUCACGUACGAACUGAACGAGCUAGACAAGGAGAAUCUAAAAGCAGGCUUAAGGACGGCGCUUAGAAUCUUGGUCGCCGCCGGUGCCGUCGAGGUCGGGACGCAUAGAAGCGACGGGCAAAGGGUGAAGUGCAAGGGGAUGAAGGAAGACGAGUUGGAGGAGUUCUUGGACACGGUGAGCGUCGUCGGCGGGCCGACUUCGAGGGAGGAGGUGUGGAGCAUGUUGUGCUCGGCGCACCAGAUGGGAAGUUGCAAAAUGGGGGCGAGGAAGGAGGAAGGAGCGGUGGACGAGGAGGGGGAGAGUUGGGAGGCGGAGAGGCUGUUUGUGUGCGACGGGAGUGUGAUUCCGACGGCUAUCGGGGUGAAUCCGAUGAUCACUAUCCAAUCCGUUGCUUACUGCAUCUCCAAGAAGAUUGUUGACAAGUUGAAGUUGAAUGAUUGAGAAGUUGAAAUAAUAAUUGAAAUAAUGAUUGUAAAAUCCAUGAAAAUAUAAGAACAUUGUACCUAAUGACUAGAAUGGCAAAAAUAAGUCUUCAUCUGUACUAAUAGUACAAUUGAAAUAAUGAUUGUACUAAAUCUAUUAUUUA